GCUGCCGGCACCGGCCAUGUGCCGAGAGGGUGCCCGCUGCCGGCUCGCCCGCUCGGCUCCCUGAGCUGGCGUCGGCCUGUGCUCUUGUUUAUCUUUCACUUUAUUUAUUCCCCCCUUCCCCACACAUCACCGUUAUUAUUAUUAUUAUUAUUAUUAUUUACUGCAUUAAUUAUUUUUGUUUGUUUAUUCAUUUCUACUCUUUUCCUUUUUUCAUUCCCGCAUUGAUGCGCUCCGAGCUGGAGACUUCAGGAGUCGACGCGGUCCUCACCUGAGCGAUCCGGCACCAUUCCCCCGCGUGAAGGCUGUUAAUGGAGAAGAGGGCGAAUGACAGCCGGGACUGUGGUCAUCACAGGUGGAAUAUUAGCAACUGUCAUUUUACUUUGUAUCAUCGCUGUCCUCUGCUACUGUAGGCUCCAGUACUACUGCUGCAAGAAGGAUGAAUCCGAGGAGGAUGAGGAGGAGCCCGACUUCGCCGUGCACUCCCACAUCCCUCCGCUCCACUGCAACCGCAACGUAGUGCUGACCAAUGGGCCGUCCCUCUACAGCUCCUCUCCCUUCAGCAAGAAGGCGACGCCGAGCCGGAGCGGCUGCCCGGGCUGCGGGCAGUAUGAGCCCCCCACUUUCUUCCUGCAGGAGCCCCCUGAGGAGCUGCACAACGGGGGGGACCGAGUCAGCUUCCAGACCGUCAGCCAGGAGGAGCUCGACCUGCCGGUGAGUGUGGGCAACCUGCAGGCGCUCAACCCCAACCGGCUCUCAGCCAUGCGCGAAGCCUUCUCCCGCAGCCGCAGCAUCAGCACCGACGUGUGAGGCCGGCGCUGCAUGGAGGACUUCUUAAUAUCCACAGCAGUGUUUUAAAGUAAAAAAUAAUACUAAUAAUAAUUAAAAAAAAAAAAGCAGAGUGGGGUUUGGGGGUGGGGGUGGGUGGGAGGGGAAGAGUUGAAUGUAUUGCUGCAUAGGCAGAGAUGAGCUAAACUUCAGUCUAAGGGUUAGCAAAUAAAAGGGGGGGAGUGAGGGCGGGUUGGUGGCAGCUGGGAUAUGAGGUUUUCUAGUGCUGCGUUGCAUUUUUUUUUUCCCUUUUAUAAAGAGGAUUUUGAUAUCGUGCAUCCUUUUCUACAGAGUAAAUGCCCGUCCUCCACGUGCAGUUGGUGGGCAGAGGGGUGAGCAAGUGAUGGGAGGCUGCAAAGCAGCACGAGCUGCAGGGCUGCUGUGCUGUACAUGGCACCUGGGGGCUGCUGGCCCUGGUGUGCAAACACAUACAGCCAGCACAGAGCCCUGGCCAAGCUGGGCUGCUGCUGCCCUUCCUUCUGCUGCUGCUCCCUCCUGCAGCCAUGCACAUCCCAUCCCUGUCCUGCGCCCUCUCGCUCCUCCCAUUGCUGUUUCCCCCUGGGUCCCAAUGGGGCAGGAGCAGUGGGCUCAGACCUGGCCCUGCUGCUAGAGAUGGGUUAUCAAUUAAGUUACUUAGGGCGAGGAGGGAGGAAUGAUUCCAGAUGGAGGAACGCACCCGCAGCUGCCCUCUCCAAAUAAUGAGCCUCCCCUCUCCAAAUGAUGCCAUAUGCUACUUCUAAUCUAGGGAGCUGAGUGCUGGCAGAGCGAGAGUGCGCCCAUGUAUGUGCACACACGCCCCUGCAUGCACAUUUCUACUUUAAUUUUGAAGAUUACCAUAAGAUUUACUUCCCAUUAUUAUUAUUCCUUUCAAAUAGAAGCACCCACAGCCCCUCCUGCCCAGCCAGGGACAUGGCAGAACACUCAGCUCCCUCCUUGCUGUCCCCUGCAUACAAUUUCUCUUGCACAACACCCUCUUGCCCCAGGUUGGGCGUUAUUCAGGUUAAAUGCAUCACCCUGUGCUGGGGCAGGGCUCGCUGCUGCAGAGGAGGGAUGGCUACAAAUAGACCCUAACAGCCUCAGUGCUGUGCUUGGGGCCAGGCUUUGUUUUUAGAGAUGCAACGAGAAGGAAGCGCCGCUGUUCCGUAGCCUUCAGCAUACACACACAGUGUGCAGCCCAUCUGGAGAUGUUGCUUUCAGCUUCGAGGGCUUUUAAUUCCCCAGGAAACCUUGCAAAGCACAAGUCUGCCUCUGCAAUCCGGCACCUGGGGUAGUUUGGGGUUUCUGGUGGGGGAUUGGGGUGUGGGUUUGGCCACGUUGAAUUGCAGCACCCACUCCAGGCAGCAGGACCAUGGCUGUACAGCGCUCACAGCGGUUUGUUUGAAUGCAUUCAGCCUUUGAGUUCUUUGCCUUUCUUGUGAACAUAUUCUUGUUCCAGCUUUCCCCUGUUUCCUAUUCUGUUUUUUGGGGGUUUUUCCUUCCCGUGUAGCUUGGAAGCUAAGCAAGUGACUGACAUUCUCUAACCUUCACCUGUACAGGACUUUGGGAACCAUUGAAGAAGAGAAGCAAAAAAAUAAACUCCUUUGACACAGGCUUUGCAGCAGACCUUUGUGUAUCCACAUUGUGAAAUAUAGAGGGCAGUGGUUGCAGAAGUGCCACAGGGGUGCAGGAUCUCCCCCUUGGGAGAUGCUCAGUGGACAAGAGAGGUGCAAGGGGGGGGAGGAGCAGUGAGCCCCAUGCAGAGGGAUACAGAACCAUAACCACCUUCAGAACCCCUUUCUUUGCCAGUUCCCUUUCAAACCUCUUUGCUUUCAGGCUCCUUUCCAAGCUUGCAGUCCCUAAAUCCACACCCAUCACCCGAAUCCCAUAGCAAUAGGGCAGGAAGGACCCAACUCAGGGACUCGUCCUUACAUCCAGGGCUGGGAGCUGCUGUUCUGCCCCAGGGGUGCACACAGCAACACCCACCCCCCCUCUACAAACUGGAGAAUAAAAGCAGAUACCACCAUAAAUAUGACAACUUUAUUAAAAUAUACAUAUGAGUACAAAUUCAUGAUUACGUGGAUAAAGUUCACUGUCUGUAAACAAAUAUAUUAAAAAAGAGCACGUCUUUUUUUUUUUUGU